CCAUUCCAGUGCUUAAAGUGAAAGGAGUCACAUUAUACCCUUGAGGCUGAUCGUUACGAACGAAUAACAACGGCAACGCAUCCGGACAACGAAUUUAUCCUUUAUUUGUUCGGUGAUUUAAUUAGCUUUAUUUCGAAUCUACAAAUGUGGUUUGGUUUAAACCAUUAACAACAAAUAAAUUUAAAAAUAAAAAUAAAAAAAUCCUUCAGUGGAUAGUUAUAGUUAAACUUGAAUUAACAGUGUUGUGGAUAUAUGUUAAUGUUUUAAUAGUUUCCUUUCAACUAAGAGUUAUCAUCGGAUUGGAAGUUGCUAGCAGUUGGAAGCCGCAUCAGCAGAGUGGAAGCAACCAGUUCUUAUAUAUUAUUUGUAUCCACCACCAAACAAAAGUGAAAGUGUGACGACAUCAAAACAGCAUGCUCCUUUUUAAAUUGUGCUUUUUAGGUUGCGUGAUCUUGCUCUGCAGUGCGGACAGCACAGAUCUUGCAGAAAAAAUAACAGAAGAAGGAGAAAACCAUGAAGCUUCAUCAUUUGAAACAGCACACAAGAUCUCCAACCCUCCCGAUGAAUUUCAAACAUCACAUAAGAUCUCAAAACAUCCAAAGGCAGAACAUCAACUAAUGGAGAACGAUGAUGAGAAUGAUGUAAGCCCUUUGAUGCAAUUGCAACAAACACAAAAUUUACUUUCAACAAAGGAAAGACCAGAGCUCAAUCCGAUAUUAAGUGCCUUGAUUAACGAAGAUGUGAUGAAGAGCAUAGAAGCUAAACGCGCCAUAGAACAGGAACAACUUGAUGAUGUAGCUGCCGAUGAUAAAAACGAAGAUUUAGUAGAUGUAUCAUUAACAACAGAAGUUUUGCCAAUUGUUUUGACAACUUCCAAAAACAAUUUGAUGAAAAAUGCACCAAAUAGUAAUCUUUAUGAUACACAAACUAACUUGUUCGCUGCUGGAUCUGAGAAUCAAAAGUCUCGAAUUCAAAUUAAAAAAGGCCCGAACGGAAUGGAUUAUGAAUACGAAUACGUCUACUACUAUUACGAUGACGACGAGGGUCUUGGAGGUGGUGCUGGAAGCAUAGGAAAGAAGCAGCAAGAAGCUGAAUCAUCUCUUGUGCAAGAAACUAGCAAGCGAGGAGCUCAGCCACUGGAACGGGGCAAGUCUCGUUACACAAAUAUUGAACGUAGCACAACUUCUGCCCCUGAUAAUGCUCUUGUAAGCGGUAAGGCUAAGGGACGUGCUAAUGUGCCAUCAGCAACAAAUAACGAUGUAGAUGGCGGUCGUUUGCCAGCAAUAACUCGCUUCCCAUCGCGUGGAAAUAACAACGACGCCCAACCCACAAUUUCUUUGGAAAAUUUCCAAAAUACUGCCAGCGCUUCAAAUGAAAAGAGCAAGAAGAUAAGUGUAAAGCACCCUAGUCUUGAGUUGGUAGAUAGUGAAACAUUUAACACAGAUGAAAAGCAAACUAAAGGAUCACCAAGGAAUGGAGAUUCUGAAAAAACCACUCCAACUGCAAUAAUGGUUAGUGAAACAGCUGAAGGUGAACCAAAAAGUGAAAAGAGUAACGCUGAUGAAAAUAUGCUGGAAGAAGUCGAACAGACAACACCUUUAAUGGAGAAAGCUGCUCUUGACUUGUAUGCCAUUUUGGCAAAUGAAAAUUUAGAAAUGGACAUGACCACCGAUAUGGAUAGAGAUUCAACUACCAUUUUGCCAACAGAAUCCGACGAAGACGCUAUGACAACAAUUGAAAUUGAGAACGAGACUAUUAUUCCCACAACGCCAACACCAACCCCAAGUACAACAACCACAACUGAACCAACAACAACACCAACAACCACAACAACAACUACCACUACUAGCACCCCUAAAACCACAACACAAGCUGCCUCUUUGUUUGGAGCUGGUCGUCGUGGUGGAUUAGCUACAGCCGGAAGAAACCGAUUCCGUUUGAAAUCAGGAGCUGCUGAUCCAACAACAACGAGUACCACAGAGGCUCCCGCUUCACAAGCUGGAGAAACACAAAGUUCAAGUCCAGGUGGACUUAAGGGAAGAAAUCGCUUCCAACGCCCAUCGUUUGGAAACCGUAAGGCUGCUAUAACGCCAGCACACGCUUCUUCUCCUGAAGCUGUUGAGAAAGAGAUUGUUGCCAAAGAAGCUGACAAACCAGCUGAAUCAUCGCCGCCACUUCGAGGCAGAACCCGCAAUCGCUUUAACCUCCGUGGUCAAAUCACAACGACUACUGCUGCAGCUCCCAGUGCCGAUCAGGAACAGAACGAUGAAAUCAACCAAAUUUCGAGUACCACUGCUCGUUCACUACGUGCUCGCCCAACACUAAACAUUCGUGGUCGAAGUCGCAUUGGAGCUCGCCCUGCGGCUAGUACACAAUCGCCAGUCAUAACAGAGAACGAUGAGACUGCUACUCCUGAUUCUGCGGUUGCAGAAGCUGGCGAAGAAAAACCUUCUUCAGCUUCCUCCCUUCAAAGCAAGCCAUCAAGAUUUAAUCUAAAUCGUGCAGGAGGAUCUGGUGCACCUGGUGCUAACCGUCUUUUACCACGUUCACGUCUUAACACAUUACGUACAACAUCGACAACACCAUCAGCAUCUUUAGAAUCAUCAGACGAAACUAGUCCCGAAAGUAAAGGAGAGGGUGAGAGUGGAAGUGAAGCCAAGAGCGAACCUGAGACAACAAUCUCCACUGGAGGACUAAAUAAAAUCAAAUCACGCCCACGACUGCUAGUUCAACCGAAGACUGAUAACAAACCUAAAACAUCACCCGUGAUUGCUGCCGCUAGAAAACCCAAUCCUUUGUUGGCGCGAAGGAAACUAGCACUAGGAGGAUCAACGACAGAAUCUGUUGCUGCCGCUGAAGAACAGCCUUCGGAAGAAGCGGCUGGCCAAAGUCCAAUCGAAAAAAUUGACUCUGACUCAAACUCGUCAACGACUGAGGACGUCAAGUCCGAAGACAAUACCGAAUUGCCAGAAACGACAACAAAACAAGCACGUGGCUUGGGACUUUUAACACAGAGGAGGCGUCUGCCAAUACGAAAACCAGGAACCCAACUUUAGAUUGUGUUGUUUUCAUGAGUCUUUUAGUUCAUUUUCCCUUCUUUCUACGCCUUCUUAAGCUGCAUUCAUAUUCGAAAUUAAUCGUCAACAUUUUGCCUCUGCUUUUUAUUUCAGUUUAUUUUGUUUUUGUUUAGUCGUCCCUGAUUUCUGAUUAAAAAAAAAAAAACAAAAAUACAUGUAAUAAUUUUUUAAUUUUAUUUUAAAUUUUUUUAUGUUCCAAUUCGAAUAAUUAUCUUAUAAUUCGAUUUUUGUAAGUAAGAAAAUCAAUAAAAUUACUCGUACUUUAAAUCUGUUAGUUAGUUAUAUAAA